AUGUCCACAGAGAUUUAUAACGAAAAUCCAAUUCAUUUAGAUCGAAAUUUAUUCGAACGCUUUUAUGGAAAAAAUUUUUCAUCAAUCAACGACUUGGAUCUAUCAAAACAAAUGAUUCAUACUAUUGAUUCGGAUGUUUUUAAUGAAACAAUAAAUCUUAAAACAUUGAAAUUAUCAUAUAAUCGAUUGGAAAUAAUCAAACGUAGUUGGUUUGGUAAAUCAAUGAUCAAUCUUGAACGAUUAAUAUUACGAAAAAAUCAAAUCACUAAAAUCGAAUUACUUGCAUUUGAUAAUCUUAAAUCACUUCGUGUAUUAGAUCUUCGUUAUAACAAUCUUGGAAAUCUUGACGAUGGUGCAUUUUGGGGCCUAAAUUCUCUUAAAUAUUUAGUACUCGAUUAUAAUCAUAUCACAAACAUUCGAUAUGGUUGGACUUAUGGUCUUGAUUCAUUGGAAAAGCUGUCAAUAAAAUUUAAUCAGAUCAAUAUGAUUGAUGUGGAUGCUUUCAAACCAUUAUCCAAACGAUUAUGGCUAUUAAAUUUAUGUUCAAAUCGAUUACAAACAAUAACAUCAACAACUUUGGCUCAUCUUAAUCAAUUACAAUGGCUUGAUUUAUCAAACAAUUCAAUCAAUGAAAUUGAUUCAAAUGGUUUUCGUUCAUUAAAAAAUUUAGAAUCAUUGGAACUAUCUGAAAAUGAAUUAUCCAAUAUAUUUAACGAAGAUGGUGAAUUGUUUAUCGAAAUGAAAUCGCUUAAAAAUUUAUUUUUAAAUUCGAAUCAUAUUGAAAAAAUUUCUGUCAAUACUUUAUAUCAAUUAGAAUCAUUGAUGAUACUGAAUCUAUCAUCAAAUCCUAUUGUAACAAUUGAAGAUGAAUCAUUCGAUUGGUUAAUCAAUAUACAAAAUAUUUUUGCUACAAAUUUAAAUCUAACAUGUGAUUGUCAUAUAAAAUGGUUAUAUUCAUGGCUUAAAUUAUUACCGCCAUGGAUUCGAGAUCCAUUCGCUAAUCAAUUACAAUGUAGUCGUCCGAAUAAUUUGCGUUUGGCUAGUCAAAUUUCAUUUAUGGAUAUUGAUCCUAAUUUAUUAUGUUUUGAUACUGAAUAUAAUGUUUAUGAAGAUGUUGACAACGAUUUCGAAGAUCAAGUACCUGUAAACGACAAUAUGCCACCAUAUUUUGUUACCGAACCAGUCAACAUAACAGGAAAAUUAGGACAAUCAAUACGAAUCGAUUGUCCAGCAUCUGGUAUACCGGAACCAAAUAUUUCAUUAUCACCUUAUGAUAAACGAUUAAAAUUUAUGGCCGCUUUAGAACGUCGUGUAAAAAUUGAAACAAUCGAUAAUGAUGAUAAUGAUAAUGAUAAUCAACAAAUGUUUUUCGUAAUCAAACCAUUAACAAUCGAUGAUAUUGGUUACUAUAAUUGUAAUGCUUUUAAUGAAUUUGGUGAAAUACAUUCUAAAUUCUAUUUAUCGGUUAUUAAUGAUGAUGAUGAUUAUGAACAACAACAACAACAAAAUAAAUCAACAAAAAUUAAUGAAAAAUGGCUAAAAUAUGCACCUUUUGAUCAUCCUAUUUCUUAUGAAUAA